GAUACUGGGAAUGUUGAAGUUGAAACAACAAAUGGAUCGCACCAAAAAGUUAAAGCGUUUAAAAGAGAAGACAGAAAUACUUGAAAAUAUUACCGAAGCCCGUAUUGUGAUGCACGAUAUAUAUAAUCGGGAAUUAUUGCAAGAAAUGCGAAAUGAUUCUCAGGCCACAUACUGCGAUUCAGAACUUAAUCAUCUAGGAGAGCGUCCUCAAAAACGAGAGCAAUUAGACAACCAAAGGGCAGAAGUCGAAAACUUCCCAGAAGAUGAUGAUUAUUUGACAGAUCGUGAAGAAAUUUCUCAAAAAAAGGAUGAGAUAGACAAUUUCUUCCAAAGUCCUCCUGACAUUGCUAAAAAUGUGAGAAAGCGUAGGUCAAUGAAAGAUACCGAAAGCAAGAGCGUUAAACGAAAUAAAUCAAGUAAUAAAAUUGUCGUUGACGCUGAUCAAUCAACCGGUGUUCCUUCUAUGGAUGUACAAAAAACAUACACUACUUUCAACCCCGACACGAUACUCUCAUGGGGACACGUUGUUGAUAAAACAAAAAAUUUUAAUAAUUCAGAUCACGAUUGGUUUGCAAACGGCUAUAAUAUUUCGAGAGAUUUUCGAGAAUUUCAAAUACAAGUGGUUGAUCAAUUAAAGAACGAUCCGAUAUUUUCCUACGCGAUGUGUCUUUCAUCAAUUAUCUAUGUAACGGAGGAUAAACCGAAGUAUGUAAAAUGUUCCGAUCAAGUCUGGAAAACUGCGUUACCUAAACCUUUAAUUCCAGUAUCUUUGGCAAUAAGUGCUCAACUGAACAUCAUGGAAUAUAGUAUGUCAUUUCAGUCCGGAUCAUUUCGAAUUAGAUCUAAAGAAAUGACAUUGACCUAUACUGUGACAGAGGCGAUGCCUCAGAUAAUCGAAGACCUUCGUAAAACAUUCAGAUCAAAUGUGACAAAGCCUCUCUCAUAUAGAAAAGCACAACUGAAACAGUUGUACCUGUUGCUCGAUGAGAAUGAAGAUUUGAUUUUUGACGCGGUACAAAAAGACGGUCGUAAGCCACGUGCAGAGGCAUGGCUUGGAGAGACCGUUAUUACAAAGCAGGAGAUCGUCGAGAUGUUAAAAAAUCUAGAUAGCUGGGCUGCAAGUGAGUAUGUAAAAGUAGGCGUCGGGCAUAUGUUAAACAGCUGUCAUAUCCGAAAGGAACCUGUUGGUACUGUCUUAAUUAUCGGUUCGUGGAAUUAUCCUAUCGCACUCCUACUUGGCCCACUCAUCGGUGCAAUUGCCGCCGGCUGCACGGCAAUCUGCAAACCCUCUGAAAUAGCUUCUCAUACAGCCGCUCUUCUACAUGAACUCGUUCCCAAAUAUCUCGAUCAAUCGGCUUAUUGCAUUGUUAAUGGUGGACCAGAGGAAACAACCAGUUUAUUAAAAAACAAGUUUGAUCACAUCUUCUACACCGGUUCAGGCUCCGUUGGUAAAUUGAUUAUGGCGGCGGCAGCAAAUCAUUUGACACGAGUUACUCUGGAACUUGGUGGGAAAAGUCCUGUCAUUGUUGGUAAUGACGCGGACCCGUCCAUUGUUGCCAAGCGUGUCGCUUGGGGGAAGUUUUUUAACUGUGGGCAGACUUGUAUAGCUCCCGAUUAUAUCAUAUGCGAGCGGUCUAUGCAGGAAGCACUCCUGAAACAUUUCCCAAUAGCUCUGAAAGAACUGUACGGCGGAGACGUGAAGGAAAGUCCUGACUAUGCUCGUUUAGUCAGCAGCAGACACUUCGACAGACUGGCGAACAUGUUGACUCAGACUCAAGGUAGAGUCAUCAUUGGCGGCGAAACAGACUGGAAGGAAUUGUAUAUUGCCCCUACUAUUGUUGCAGACGUAUCAAAGGAUGAUAUUUUGAUGCAAGAUGAGUUGUUUGGACCAGUUCUUCCCAUAGUAGUCGUAGAUAAUCUUGACGAUGCAAUCGCUUAUGUGAAUAGCAAUGACUCUCCUUUGACCAUAUAUCCUUUUAGCAAGAACUCGAAGACAAUUGAAUACAUUCUCGAAAAUACGCGAUCGGGCGCUGCUGUUACAAAUGACGUUAUAAUGCAUUUUAGUGUCACAAACCUUCCUUUUGGUGGCGUUGGAGCAUCCGGUAUAGGUAGUUACCAUGGAAAGAAGUCAUUCGACACUUUCACUCAUGAGCGCUCUACCAUGAAUACUCCAUAUUAUGCCGAGAAAUUUUUGGAAAUGCGGUACCCGCCCUACGAAGAGAGAAAAUUAAAGAUGCUCCAAUGGCUAUUCUUCUCAAAACCUGACUAUAGGAAUAAUAAGAGCGCUCGUAUACUCACUUUGAAAAAAUUCUUCGGGUAUUCCAUAGUUGUUGUAAUUCUUGCUUACUCGCUGAGAAAUUCAAAUAUGCUUGAAAGUCUAGUAAAUUUUAUAAAAGCUUGGUUUAAAACUUAG